AUGCCAGUCAAGACCACAUCCCUUAGCAUCAAGGCUCUUCCUCUAGAAGCUGUCUCCAAUGCAGCACAGAUUUUAUCUCCAUCCGCUAUUCUUCCAACCACAUCACUUUUUUCUCUUCAAAUCACAACGUUGAGCGAUCCAAAUUUAAAGCGUACUUACAAGAUUAGUGUAAAGCAAUCAAACCUGCUCAUGCAAAAGUCGACUCUUUUCUAUGGCCUUUCCACAGAAUACACCCGUCUAGCAUCAUACUCGUCAUUAAAUUAUGAGGAAACAUCAAAGCAAAAGUUGGCCGAAGAGGCCGAUGGAUUACCAAUGCUUUGUAUAGAAGCCCCGGUGAAUCCGGUUAACGGUUUGGCUCUCGUUGAUGCAUUUUUGGAUUGGUUAUAUACUGCGGCAGACAUGAGAGAUACUUUGACUUCUUCGCUGGCAUCGAAGAUUCGAUCUCACCAGGAUUUCUUUUCAUUGCUCAAUUUCUCUACGCUACUGGACCUUUACGAACCGUACCGUACUGCCGUGGACGAAAUCUUGGUAUAUUAUUAUUUUGGCCUAUCAGCAGAAGAAAGGAGAAUUGGUAUCUUGAGUGAUGAACAGUUUGUUGAAGGGUUAGUUCCGGGAAGAUUUGUCAAGAGGCUGGCGGAGGCCGUUAGUGAAGAUGCCGCAAAGGAGAUCAUAGGUUCUUUCUUUAGAGGUAAACAGAUGAGUAAUGUGAAGAAAGAAGAAUGGGAAGAAUUUGACGAUGCCAGUUCGACAGAUAAUGACGAGCUGGAAUGGAUAAAUAGUCACAAACACGUGACUCGAUCUAUUCCCGACACACCUUUGACUGCACCAUUGGAUUACGCCGAACCACCAACACCGAUGGGUUCGGCAUAUUUUUGCAUCAGCGCUCCACCGCCCACUUCGUGCACACCGAAGAUUCAACAAAAUUUAUCUCGUUCACCUCAAACACCAAAUGCGGGAUUCAAGCAAUUCCCCUAUUCCAGACCACCACCCAACACUCCGAAAACACCCGACUCCAUGGAAUAUGGUAGGUGCCGAGACAUCACACCCACUGGUGUCAGUUCAGAUAAGGCAAUGACACCGUCAACCUCACCUCUGGCACCCCCGAAUACACCUAAUACUUCCACGAGUAUAGAAGGGACGAACACACUUCUAUCUCCAACCUCUUAUUUAGUCCCUCCCAACACUUCCACCACACCUAAAUGCAGAUGUGCAUCGCCAUCUACUCCAACAAUUGUAAUUAGUGACUCGGACUUUGAACAAUUUUCAUCAGAUAAGAAUUAUUCAUUCAUACGACGCGAAUUAUUCAAUAAUGCACUAAGCAAGAUGCGAAAAAGAACAGUGUAA